AUGUUCCAUACAAGAUUCGAGGUCUGGGUCUGCGACUAUGACAACCGAUGUGUCCAGCAGACAGGCAACGCCAUGUGCUUUGUGUUCGAUGAAGUCCAGGAGGUCUUUCUUCCAUGGGGACUUGACUCGCAGCUGCUCGUGACUCAGCAAGAACCCUUCCAGAGUAACCUUGCCGUCUCCCACAUCCUUGCUAAACUCAAGGCCCUCGAGCAGGAAAUUCGCUCGGGGGGAUGCGGGGGGUCGUGCGUGAGCCGGCAGCAAGUGCAGCAGCUGCUGGACCAGUACUACCUGGAGCCCGGCUACCUGUGGAGCGCCGGCAGCAGCAGCCUGUGCGGCAGGGGAGUGGCGAGGAGAAGCAUCACAUGCAUCUCGAAGCUCCUCGAGCAGGUCGAGGACGUUCGCUGCUCCAACCGCUCGAAGCCUCUGGCGGAGACGUGCGCGGCAGAAGGGAAGACGUGCGUGAGCUCAGCGAUCAACCAGAUCGACAACGAGGAGGCGAUGCGAUCGGCCGUGCGGGCGGCGAGUAUCGCGUCCGAUCGACCGGGGGGCCUCCACUUGCGGGUGAGCGCGGGAGCUCACGAGCAAGGAGGAGACGGACUGCAGGACCUGACGGCGAGCAGCGGGCACGUGAAGCGUCGACGAUACGUAGAGCACGGGGCUACCAACUUCCCUCUUGUACCUCAGUCAGGUCCUAACGCAGGGCGAACUUGUUGUUCCAUCACUCAGAACUUCUAUGUGGAUGUGCCGGUCGAGCUGCAGGGCUCGAGGACGAUAACGAUCAGCAUAACCAUCGAAGGGGCUGACAAUGGAAAUAUAGUUGAACAUAUUUCAGAUAUGGAAGCAUAG